UGUUUACGACUGUAUCACGGCGUUUGCCAGUUUUGUACUUCUCGGCAGCAAGAAGACCGUGACACGUUAUACUACCACAUCUCCAAAGUCCAACCUCGAUCGUUUCUUGUCCCACGUCCCAAAGAUGCCUAGGAUUCAGUCCGAAACAGAGGGACCAAUCUGUUGCUAGUCGAACCCCAACUUGGCAAAGCAAACCGCAACUGACGGUGACCGCGACUAGAGUGGAAGAACCCCGUCGAGGCGUCGAUACACAAUCCCGAAUAAAGAAACGAGAACGCGAGGGCCCCCCAUGAGCAGAGAGAGAGCUAGAGAGAGUCAACACCGGCCCGGGGAAAGAGAGAUGCUCGGGAACCCGACGAACGCAGUACGCAGGCAGGCGGCCGCACCCUCACGUACUUGACGAAUCCGCCGGCUCACGACAACGGCCGAAUUGAAGUAGCUCCUCCGCAGUAAACCAUCGUCGCGCGCGCAUAUGUCACUCGCGAGCUUCCAUGAACCCAGCCCCGGUUCAUUCCACUUCCAAUCCGCAGCAGCAGCACAAGCUAUGAAGAUGAAGCCAUGGUGCCUGUUGCCGUGGCGUCGGCUGGCGCUGGCCACGCUGCUAUGCGUGUGCACGCUCCCCGCCCCGGCGCGGUCCCAGAGCGCGCCCGCGCCGGCACCGGCACCGGCGAGCGUGGAGGGGUUCAACUGCUCCGCCAACAGCACGUACCCGUGCCAGGCCUACGCGCUGUACCGCGCGGGCUUCGCCGGGGUGCCGCUCGACCUCUCGGCGGUGGGCGACCUCUUCGGCGUCAGCCGCUUCAUGAUCGCGCACGCCAACAACCUGUCCACCACGGCCGCGCCGGCCGCCGGGCAGCCGCUGCUCGUGCCGCUCCAGUGCGGGUGCCCGUCCAGGUCGCCCAACGCCUACGCGCCCACGCAGUACCAGAUCGACUCGGGCGACACCUACUGGAUCGUCUCCGUCACCAAGCUCCAGAACCUGACGCAGUACCAGGCCGUCGAGCGCGUCAACCCCACGCUGACGCCCACCAAGCUGGAAGUCGGGGACAUGGUCACGUUCCCCAUCUUCUGCCAGUGCCCUGCCGCCGCGGGCAACGACAACGCCACCGCGCUCGUCACCUACGUCAUGCAACAGGGCGACACCUACGCCUCCAUCGCCGACGCCUUUGCCGUAAACGCCCAGUCGCUCGUCUCCCUCAACGGGCCAGAGCAGGGCACGAAGCUCUUCUCGGAAAUACUCGUGCCGCUCCGUCGCCAGGUGCCGCAGUGGCUGCCGCCAAUCGUGGCCCGGAACAGCGUGCCGGUCACGCCGGCCCCGCCGCCUUCCGCUACGCCCAACCCGAGCGUCGCGACGGACAAUCAGAACGGGGUGGUCACCGGGCUGGCUGUUGGGCUGGGCGUCGUCGGUGGGCUCUGGCUGCUGCAGAUGCUGCUGCUGGCCUGCCUGUGGAGGCGGCUCAAGGCCAAGGCGGGGCGGGGAAGGGAGGCGGUCGUGAGCGGCGAGAGCGGUGAGGCCGGUAGGUUUGCCAAGAGCGGGUCUGCCGGCGGCGUCGGCGGGGAGAGAUUCUUGGUCAGCGACAUAUCCGAGUGGCUGGACAAGUACAGGGUGUUCAAGGUCGAGGAGCUGGAGCGCGGCACGGGGGGAUUCGACGACGCGCACCUCAUCCAGGGCAGUGUGUACAAGGCCAGCAUCGACGGCGAGGUGUUCGCCGUGAAAAAGAUGAAGUGGGACGCUUGCGAGGAGCUCAAGAUCCUGCAAAAGGUGAACCACAGCAACCUGGUGAAGCUGGAGGGGUUCUGCAUCAACCCGGCGACGGGGGACUGCUACCUGGUGUACGAGUACGUGGAGAACGGGUCGCUGGACGUGUGCCUCCUGGACCGCGGCGGCCGGGCGCGCCGGCUCGACUGGCGCACGCGGCUCCACAUCGCGCUGGACCUCGCCCACGGCCUGCAGUACAUCCACGAGCACACCUGGCCCCGCGUGGUGCACAAGGACAUCAAGAGCAGCAACGUGCUCCUGGACGCCCGCCUCCGCGCCAAGAUCGCCAACUUCGGGCUCGCCAGGUCCGGCCACAACGCCGUCACCACCCACAUCGUGGGCACCCAGGGGUACAUCGCGCCCGAGUACCUCGCCGACGGCCUCGUCACCACCAAGAUGGACGUCUUCGCCUACGGCGUCGUCCUGCUCGAGCUCGUGUCCGGCCGCGAGGCCGCCGCAGCAGCCGACAACGGAGAGCUGUUGCUGGCCGACGCGGAGGAGAGGGUAUUCCGUGGCAGGGAGGAGAAGCUGGAGGCGCGGGCCGCGGCGUGGAUGGACCCGGUGCUCGCCGAGCAGAGCUGCCCGCCCGGGAGCGUGGCGGCCGUGGUGAGCGUGGCCAGGGCGUGCCUGCAGCGGGACCCGGCCAAGCGGCCCAGCAUGGUGGACGUGGCCUACACUCUGUCCAGGGCCGAGGAGUACUUCGCGGACUACUCCGGGGAGAGCGUGUCGGUCAAUGGCAGCGGCGAACUUGCGGCGCGGUGAAGUGAACCACUUGUUUUGUAGUGUGCUCUGUAGUCUGUAGUUAAUCAUCGGCUCAUGUUAUGUACUGUAAAAGGUCGACACGGGCUAUACUGAACCUGGUCAUGGGCAGUGUAGGCAUAGUACAGUGAAUAUAUAUGAGUAGCUGAUAAUGCGGCAUUAUAGUUUACCUGUUCGUUGCAGGGUGUGGACUGAAACUUAUCGAAUGUUAUGAGUAUUAGAAAUUAAUCUGCCUGCAUGUGAAGAAAAUAGAGCUCUUUUACGGUACCCGAAA